AUGAGAGAUAGGUUACUUGUAUUGUUAUUACUCGGAGUAGGGGUUAUCAAAGUAUACGAAGAGUACGAUGAGGAAGAAAAAGAUGAACGUGACCCUCUGGAGCUAAUUAAACAUAAGCAUAGUAAAAGAGAUUUGGAUUCUGUUGAAAAAACUGUCUCAAGCCCAAUACCAAUUGAAGAAGAAACAAUUGAAGCGACAUCCAGAGGACUUUCACCUAGACUACGGGCCAAGUGCAAAGACAUCGAAGAUGAAUGUUCUUGCAAACGACUUUUGUGUUUUGGACCAAAUAGCUGUGAGCGGAUGAAAAGCUAUCCAACCGAAGUAGUUUCACGUAAUUCCACGGAAUUCGUGUGGUUACAUCGCUGUCGCCAAACAUAUUUAAUGGGACAAAAUUUAUGCGAGUGCAAGCGACUAUUAUUCCAUAAGGAGGAUGUCAAGUGGCUGACUCCAGAGUCUACAAGCCUGUCCUUAUUACAGCUCUCAUGAUAUUCAGCCUGUAUGUACAAAGUUGAGGCUUACAUACUUGUAUGCAUUUAUCUGAGUUUAAAAUCCUGUAUACUUUCUUAAUAACUUAACUUUUAGUGACGUGACUUGCAUUUAUAAUGUAAAAACUAGUUUUUAUCAGUAUAGCUGUCUUCGAAAUUCUUUUUAGUUUAUUUGUUCAGUUAUGUCAGCCGUC